AUGCACAAGUCAACCUGGAUAUCCCUCCUGGGCAUCGGCGCCCUCGGCGGCUCAGCCAAGACGCCCUCCUCGCUUAGCUCGCUCCAUCUCCUCUCCCCCCUGGCCGGCUUCAAGAACUGGCUGGUCCGUCGGCGCUCUUACCGCGUGGACGAGCAGCUGGCGGCCAGCUGCACAAGAAAACGCUUGGACGAUGACCCUGCUCCGACGGGCCGAGUGACUGUCCAACUGUUUCAGUGGAGAUACCCGGAUGUUGGCACGGAGUGUGAGACUUUCUUGGGCCCGAACGGAUACCGAUUCGUCCAGGUUUCGCCCCCUCAGGAGCACAUCGAAGGGCCUCAAUGGUGGACAGACUAUCAGCCGGUCAGCUAUCGGAUUGGCUCCAAGAGGGGAUCCGAGGCCGAAUUCGAUGCGAUGGUCCAACGCUGCACCAGUGCUGGGGUGGGCGUAAUUGUGGACGUAGUCCUCAACCAUAUGUCCGCUGGUAGCACCACUGAAUAUCGUCGAGGCAGCGCAGGCUCAUCUUACCGCAAAUACGACUACCCCAACCUGUACACUCGGAAUAACUUCCACAAAUGUCGAAAGCGUGGAAAUCUCGAGAUCAGUAACUACAAGGAUCGGUACGAGGUGCAAAACUGUGAACUGGUUGGGCUCGCAGACCUGAAGACCUCGCAACGCCACGUGCAGACCCAAUUGAAGAAUUAUCUGACAAGCCUGGUCGACAAGGGCGUCGCAGGCUUCCGGAUCGACGCUGCCAAACACAUUCCCGCCUGCGAUCUACUCGACAUUCUCAAACUAUUUUCCGUCCGUGUUGUCCAGGAAGUCAUGUACACCGGCGGUGAACCGAUCCGGCCCGAGGAAUACUCCGCCAUCGGCCGAGUUCAUAUCUUCCAGGCCGCGUACGAUCUUAAACGAAUGUUCUUGUCGGAUGGAAUCGCUUAUCUAGGCCAGCCUGUUCCUUGGGGACCACAGUGGGGGGAUGGUUAUCUACCAAGGUAA